AUGGGCAAUUUACCAGCGCAGCGCAUAAAUGCUGAUUUUCCAUUCACGUCAACAGCUGUUGACUUUGCAGAAGCUGUUAGCGACCUGUCUAAAGAUGCAUUUGUGCUGGCACUCCGCAGAUUUAUCGCCAGGCGCGGCAGACCUGCGGAGCUGUUUUGUGAUAAUGGUAGAAACUUUGUAGCUGCAGCCAAAGAGAUAAAUGAUUUUUUUAAGUUAUAUGAAAACGAUAUAUCUGAUUUUGCAGCUGGUCAAGGUAUAAAAUUUAAAUUUGCACCAGCUUAUGCUCCUAACUUUAAUGGCUACGCGGAGGCCGGCAUUAAAAGCGCCAAAUUUCACCUCAAACGAGUUUUGGGCAAAACACACCUUACCUUUGAGGAACUUUCGUCUCUUUUUAGCCAAGUGGAGGCAAUUUUGAACAGUAGGCCUCUCUGCCCACUCUCCUCCUCCCCUAAUGACUUUUACCCCCUUACUCCCGGGCACUUUCUCAUUUUUAGGCCGCUCACGUCGCUGCCGGCUCCGCCACUGCAAGACCGGAACCCGAACCGCCUGGACCGCUUCCUGAGGCUAGAACAGCUGCGGCAACACUUCUGGAAACGCUGGUCGACCGAGUUCGUGUCCCUACUGCAACAACGCUACAAGUGGCGCGAGAGGCAACGCGAUCUACAGCUCGGAGAGCUCGUACUCAUUAAGGAGGAAGGCUUGCCGCCUUUGCUAUGGCGCAUGGGCAGAGUCGUCAAACUAUAUAACGGAAAGGAUGGCGUGCCGCGCGUAGCUGACAUCAAUACCGCUAGAGGGAUAGUCAAGCGAGCACUCAACCGAAUAUGUCCGCUGCCUGUACAACAGAGAGAGUCCUGAAAGACCCUCGGCUUUCAGCGUCCCGGAGUAUGUUAG